UUAAAAAUGAAGAAUUUGGUUGUACUUAUCGUACUAAGUUGUCUUUCGGUUAUCGCCUUUUCAGCAGAGAAGAUUCCUUUAUGCCCUGCCAACUCCAGCCCAGGAUGCAAACCUUGCUGUCCAGAUCCAAGUUGCAGUAACAGAAGACCAAUAUGUCCUUUAGAUCGACCCUGUUUCGAUGUGCGUUCAAGUUUAUGUCAAUCUCAAUGUAGAUGCGAUCCAGGUUAUUUAAAGAAUAGCAAAGGCCAGUGUGUUCUGCCGUGUCAGUGCCCCCGAUUGCCAAUUAGGGAAAUUAUUGAUUAACCAUAAAUUACCAUAAAUUAAUAAUAAGUAACCAUAAAAAUAACCUAAAAACUUUAGGAAAAUAAAUGUAUAGAGCUAGGAGUUAUAAGUUCUGUGUUAUAGAAAUACGCAAUAAUUGUUUUAGAAUUAAAGAUUUUCUCGUA